AUGGCGGCCGGCGCGGCGCAGGGGCUCGGCGAGGGCGGCGGUGGCCGCGGGUUCCUGGGCCCGCGAGUGCCGGCCGAGGUAGAAGCCAUGGCCAGGGGCGUGCAGGACGUGGGCAAGGAGACAUUCCGGCGGCUCCUCAAAGUCACUGUUAAUGCAUUGGAAGGAAAAGACUGCAGGGAAUCUGUCAGGCUGAUUGCAGAAAGUGCUAACCUCUCAGAAGAGCAACUUGCUUUCCUCAUCUCUGGCAUGUACACCCUCCUCCGAGAAGCCUUGAGACUCCCCUUAUCAACUUUCAAACAAGAAGUUUUUAAAGAAGACUUGAAGGAGCUCAGAAUACCAGAAGAUUUCAUUGUGGACUUUUCCAGUGUAGUCUUUGGUAACAGGCGCCCCCCUUCCGAAGGCACAGCUCUGGUACAAAGAAGUCGGCUGCCAAGUAUCCAGGACUUCAAGUGGAGAGUGGAUGUAGCUAUAUCCACAAGUUCACUGGCCCGUGCACUCCAGCCAUCCAUUCUGAUGAUGAUGAAGCUUUCAGAUGGGACAGCUCAUCGCUUUGAAGUGCCAGUUGCAAAGUUUCAAGAACUGAGAUACAAUGUUGCCCUUAUACUGAAGGAAAUGAAUGAUUUGGAGAAGAGGAGCGUACUGAAGAUCCAAGACUGAACGCUUUUAAAUUGGGAGUUUAUGGAAGAGAUCUGAAACCCUCAGCGUGUUUGGUGAAUGCAAAACAGGGGACCAUCACCACUUUGCCUCUAUGAACUUAAAUGUGGCAUUUAUGAUGUCUGCUGUAAAUAUUUUUUUUCAAUUCAAGUGUUUAAAGCACAAGCUCUUUUUGUAAGACUUAGGAAAAACAAAACAUUUAUCUAUGAAAAA